AUGAAGAACUCCACCGAAUUCAUCAAUACCAUCAAGUCGCUCCGUGUGGGUCCUGGGGACAUCAUGGUCAGUUUCGAUGUCGUGUCUCUCUACAUCAUGGUACCCGUUGGUCUACGUCUCCUGGAACGGCACUUCGAUGGAGACGUCUUGAGGCUGUUCCAUCUUGUACUAACAUCAUCCUACUUCAAGUUCGGCGGCCAGUUCUACGAACAGACCGACGGUGUGGCUAUGGGUUCCCCACUAUCACCUGUCAUCGCCAAUUUUUUCAUGGAGCAUUUUGAAGAAAUGGACGGGGCGACCUUCAAGCCCCUCUGUUGGUUCCGUUACGUGGACGACAUGUUUGUUAUCUGGCCCCUCGGCCCUGGCAAGCUCGCGGAGUUCCUCAACCACCUCAACAGUAUUCACGAGAGUAUCCAGUUCACCAUGGAGACAGAAAAGAACGGCCAUCUCCCAUUCCUCGACAUAGAUAUCCACCGGAAACCUGAUGGCUCAUUAGUCCACAAGGUUUACCGAAAAUCAACCCAUACCGACUUUUACCUCAAUUCCAAUUCCCAUCACCACCCGUCCAACAAACAGGCUUUCGACCCUGGUACACAGGGCUAA